GACUCUCUCAUCAAAUCCGACUCGUCCAAGAUGGCAGCUUCCUCAAUCGGUGAUAAGUGCAUGAAAGCUUACAACCAUGUAUUCAAUCCAAGUCUGUUCAAAGGCCAAGUUGCUUUCAUCACAGGUGGGGGUUCGGGAAUAUGUUUUACGAUUGCAGAAGUUCUCAUGAGGCACCAGUGUUCAACCAUAAUAGCCAGCCGCAAGUUAGAACGUGUGCAACAGGCAGCAGAAGAAUUGAGUAAAGUUACUGGACAAAGAUGUCUUCCCAUUCAGAUGGAUGUCAGAAAGCCCAAAGAGGUUGUGGCUGGAGUCCAGCAGGCUUUGCGAGAAUUUGGCAAAAUAAACAUCUUAGUGAAUGGUGCUGCUGGUAACUUUGUCUGCCCAGCUGCAUCUAUGUCAUUCAAUGCAUUCAAGACUGUCAUGGAUAUUGAUACUAUGGGAACAUUCAACACAUCUAAAGCAGUCUUUGAUGAACACAUGAGGGAUAACGGUGGUGUAAUAAUCAACAUAUCAGCUACCCUUGCAUAUAAAGCUACAGUCUUACAGUGCCAUGCUUCUGCAGCAAAAGCAGCCAUUGAUUCAAUGACCAAGUCUCUGGCUGUAGAAUGGGGACCUCUUGGUAUUAGAGUGGUUGGUAUUGCACCUGGUCCAAUUGAUGAUACAGAAGGAAUCCGUAAAUUAGCUGGUCCCCUUGCCGAGUCGAUUCCUAAACGUAUUCCUCUACGUCGUAUGGGAACCAAGGUUGAUAUAGCUGAUUGUGCAGUGUUUGUAGCAUCUCCUGCUGCUUCUUACAUCACUGGUGAUACUAUUGUGGUUGACGGUGGUGAUUGGAUGACAUCACCAAAUGAUGCUGAGAUGAGGUUGGAAUCUAUGAAGAGCUUACUCUGAUUAUACAUCUAGCUCAAGACUGCUGUUUAAUCUAAUAAUUGGAGAAAGCUAGUAAAAUUGCUCAGUAUUUUGCUCAGCUAAGAAAUUUAUUUAAUUCUAUCCAAUUGAAGAUUUUAAUGAAAGCAGGAGUUCCUGAUGAGAAGCAUUGUGAUGUCACAUGCUAUUUCAAGUUUAGCAUUUGGUGCUAGUGUUUUUGAUUGAAGCAUAAUCCAGAUUGUAUUCCCAAGCUUUAUUGCAUAAUGUAAGAUAACGAUAAUAAUCAAAAUCUGGUUAUUGAUAGUUCUACACCUAGUUGGAUUAUUCUCGAGACCAGCAUCAUGUUAAAGUUUGGUGUUUUACGGAAAGUUUUGAUUUAAAAAUCAACCCAACAACAACAAACUGCAAAAAAAAUGUAGUUGAUUGUUUGUAAUUAGUUUGCAUCAAAUCUCAGAAGAGUAUGUCUUCUUUCUUGUCAAAAUACUGAAGUGUCAUUACUAAGUUGUAAUUACAUAUUUAAAAAAGCACCUAUAUACCAACCAAUAGAAAACAUAUUCAAAGAACUUUGUCCACCGUUUAUUGGUUAAUAAUCUAAUAAGAUGAACAAAAUAAUGACGAGCACAGGUCCAAAUUCCCAAGUUAUGCUCUAUUGAGCUCUUAACCAGUGGGUAUAUUAAUUUCCCCAAAUGACACUAUUGGAGGAUAGAUGAACAAUUCAUUCUUCAGUAUCAUUUUUAUAUAGAAUAAAACCAUAGACUGGAACUUUAACAACACAGAAAACAAAAAGUUGUUUGUGAUUGAUAUUCAUCUGUAAUGCUUAUUAAAGGAAGCUUGUGUGAUUCUCUUACAUGUACAUGUAUGUCUGUUUAUGAUGCAAUGACUACCUCAAAUACUGUACCAGUACUGUAAACCUUAUUGAAUCCCUAAAAUAGAUUAUAUGGCAGUGAUAGGUAAUGGUAAGAAACUUAUUUUUCUGAAUGUGGAUGUUAAUUUUGUACUUCACCAAUCUCCUUCAAGAGCCAAGUUGUCCCAGGACAAACAAAAUGGGAAUAAGAGAAUUCAGUAUUCAGUUGGUUAAGAAAGGGGAGAAUAAAACUGCCAUUAGUCUCUAAGCACUGCAAAGUGAUUGUGAUCUCACUCACCCAUCCAGUAAGAGAUAAUCAAUUUAGUUAUGUAUGAGAUCCUUUUCAAGCUGACUGAUCUAUUUUGGUCAUUGACAUAUUUUUGUCAAUUCAAUUGAGGAUGAUGUAUAAUUGAAUGAAUAAUAAUGCCUACUUGUAUAGCACACAGGUUUGCAUUCCAAGGAAAAUUACACGAGAUGGGACUUGGCUAAUUUUCCCCAUAAUUGCCUAAAGAGCCUUGGAACGCUGAAUAAGAACCAUUGAAUUUCCCAUAGGGUCCAAUUGAAUUGAAAAGAAAAUUUGGGCUCGUGAGCUAAAAAAAUUUACCUUGCGCAUUCCAGUACAUAUAUAGCACUUGAAAA